UACUCCGCGUGCGCUUCUGUAAGGGAGGUCAUCUCUCUAGCCUGGAAUUCGGGAGGGUUCCAACGGUGGAGGAUUGGGUUCCAAAUUUUCCCGUGGUUUUUCUCCUCCCACCGAUCACUUGGAAGUUGGACUGAAGCAGAGUUCGGAAAGAAGGGAAAAGUUUGCAUCGGGACUGGAUUUAUUUGCACAUCGCAGAAAGAAGAGAAUCCGAGGGAGAGGGGUUGGUGCAAAGCCGCGAUCACGGAGUUCAGAUGUGUUCUAAGCCCGCUGGAGUGAACACACCACCAAGACCUGAUGGAGGCCAGAGCUCAGAGUGGCAGCGGGUCGCAGCCUUUGCUGCAGGCGCCCCAUGACAGUGGCAGGCCGCGUGGGCAGCCGGACCCCCGGGAUGCCCUUACCCAGCAGGUACAUGUCUUGUCUCUGGAUCAGAUCAGAGCCAUCCGAAACACCAAUGAGUAUACAGAGGGGCCUACUGUGGUCCCAAGACCUGGGCUCAAGCCUGCUCCUCGCCCCUCCACUCAGCACAAACAUGAAAGACUCCAUGGUCUGCCCGAGCACCGCCAGCCUCCCAGGCUCCAGCCCUCGCAGGUCCAUUCUUCGAGGGCCCCUCUGUCCAGGUCCAUCAGCACCGUCAGCUCAGGGUCUCGGAGCAGUACACGGACAAGUACCAGCAGCAGCUCCUCUGAACAGAGACUGUUAGGAUCAUCAUCCUUCUCCCCGGGGCCUGCGGCUGCUGAUGGGAUAAUCCGGGUGCAGCCUAAGUCUGAGCUCAAGCCUGGUGAGCUUAAGCCACUGAGCAAGGAAGACUUGGGUCUGCAUGCCUACAGGUGUGAGGACUGUGGCAAGUGCAAAUGUAAGGAGUGCACCUACCCGAGGCCCCUGCCGUCAGACUGGAUUUGUGACAAACAGUGCCUUUGCUCGGCCCAGAACGUGAUUGACUAUGGGACUUGCGUGUGCUGUGUGAAGGGUCUCUUCUAUCACUGCUCCAGUGACGAUGAGGACAAUUGUGCUGACAACCCGUGUUCCUGUACCCAGUCUCAUUGUUGUACCCGAUGGUCGGCGAUGGGUGUCAUGUCUCUCUUUCUGCCUUGUUUAUGGUGUUACCUUCCAGCCAAGGGUUGCCUUAAAUUGUGCCAGGGGUGUUACGAUCGCGUGAACAGGCCCGGAUGCCGAUGUAAAAACUCCAACACAGUUUGCUGCAAAGUUCCCACUGUCCCCCCCAGGACUUUGAAAAGCCGACAUAGCAUUAGUAAUCAGGAGUAUUAAGUAAUAAGGAUCGUUUCCCCACCCUCUUUUUUUUUUAACACACAUAUGCAACCAACUAAAUAAAACAGUUGUAAUCUUGGCACUGCUCAUAGAGGGUUAGAGUAUUUGUCGUUUGCAGUGAGACGCUUUGUUUUUGUUUUGUUU